CCCCAUUGCGUCAUCAUCAAAUGGCGGAGCAACGGACGCACGAAGAGACGGUACGACGAUUCCAGGAGAUGUUCGAGGGCUCCCUCGACAAGGGUAUUAUUCAAUCGGUCCUCCAGAAGAACUACUACAACGCCGAGUCGUCACUGACCGAGCUGCUUCACAUAGCAGAGAGCAAUCGCGACAGAAAGAGCGAAGAAUCACCAACCUUACAUACGGGUGUUUCUCGUGAAGAAUCACGUGCGAAGCAGUUACAGGGAGCCGACAUGAUGCCAGUCACGCACAACCAGCAGUCCCAACAAGCGCCCGUACGCCAUCAAAUGGUCAAACAGUCUCCCGCGGGUGGCCACCCGCAGUACAGACCGUACGCGCACGCGGAUAUCCGGAAUCCGAGCCACUUUAAUAACCCGUAUGUUAACUCAGGUGGCUAUAACUCUGCUGCUCUCAGCUCGGCUCCUUCAGGAUACGGUUACAAGCAACUCGUCUCAGGCAGUCAGCCUCGAAUGCAGACAGGCACACCGAGCACUCAAUCUGGAGCAUAUCAACCAUAUAGACAGACACCAAGCAUGAGAGAUCAAAGCCAGAUGGAGAAGGCAAGAGUUGGCGAUGUCGCAGUGGGGAACAAUGCACGGCAACCUGAUGUCUACCGGUGGGAGCAACAGAGACAGAAUGUGUCUCAGUCGUAUUCGUCUGGCGGGAGAGGCCGGGGGUUUGGUCCAUCGAUUGGCUAUCCAAGUGGCAGAUCGAUGCACGAGUUUGAUUCUAAUCAUUCGAGGGAAGGAAAGACGUGGAGCACUGUUGCAGGGAGGCCGGGUAACUGGCAGAGAUAUGGCAGUUCCGAGGGAAGAAACGGUGACUGGACAAAGCCAGGGCAGGAUGGUCGUGCGAGUGGGAAACUACUGUUUAUAAUUCGAGGAUUGCCUGGAAGUGGGAAAACAACUCUAGCGAAGCAACUUGCAGGCCUUGCUGGUCGUAUCUUAUCAACAGAUGAUUUUUUCUAUAAUAGAAAUGGACGGUACAUGUAUGAUGUGACAAGAAUAGGAGAGGCACACGACUGGAAUCAAAGAAGAGCUGACCAAGCGAUGGCAAGAGGAGAAACCCCAAUAGUCAUUGACAACACAAACUGCAUGAAAUGGGAGAUGAAACCAUACGUGAAAUCGGGAAGGAGAUUUGGAUAUAGAGUCGAGCUGCAUGAACCACAAACUGAGUGGAAGUUUGAUCCAUGGGAACUAUCGAAACGAAACGUACAUGGAGUACCACUGGAGAAAAUUCAGAUUAUGCUUGAACGAUACGAGCACAACGUCACUAUUGAAUCUCUUUUUGAUUCUCAACGAUCGAUUAGCAGCUUGUCUCGUUCAUCUCUUUUGUCGCGUCCCAAUGAUCGUCACUCAGUAAAGAGAACAGACGAGAAGAGUCUCUUGUCACUCCCAGUGUCAACAGAACAGCUUGAUUCUGGAUCUGGACCGUUGUCUGGUCAGAUGUCAUUUAAUCCGUCGUUGCUACGUAGCGGCUCACACAACUCGAUUAGUGAUGAAACGGUGCAGACAAAGAAGGAAGAGGUUGUUUCUGAGCCACCUCAGCAGAUGGUCAAAGGGCAGAGUCACACGAAAGCAAGUGAUGUAGAAGUGCUACCACCAUUGGAGUCUGACAAUCAUGAUGUUGUCGAGGUGAACGAGACGAGGAAGGAAGAGCUUCUGCCUCAACCAGCAAAAAGAAUGAAAGAGAAAAGUCUUUCAUCACUUCCAGCAUCCGCAGAAAAGCUCGAAUCUGGAACACCAACACCUCGGCAGAAGGUCAAAGUGCAGAGUCACACGCAAACGAAUGAAGUAGAUGAGUUACCACCAUUAGAGGCUAAAGAUGAGGUUGUUGAGAUGAAACAGACGAACAACGUUUCUGGAGCGAUGGGUCUAUAUUCCAGCUCAUAUAGUACGGGAUUGUCAACUGGUGAAGUUAGACCCCCAAGUUCUAAUUUUAACAGCUCACUAUUGAGCUUCAAAUCAAAUCCAGUGCCAUUGCCAAUGCCAUUGCCUAAUGUCAGUCUUCCACUUCCACUACUAGGUUCAUUAAGUAGUGGGAAUCAACAAGGACCGAUCGUGCCUGUGAGCAUGUCUGGUGAUUUGCAGGGUUCUGGUGUUUCUAUUAAUGUGUCCACAGCUGAUUCGUUGGCUCGGCCAGUAUUUAGUGUCAACAGUGUGGCUCCUGUGGUGGCUUCUGUUGAACUUCUGGGUUUACCAAACGCAUCGAAUGACACGCAGUCAACUGAAUUGGUUGCAAAUGCAGCCUCGAGUGUUAAAGAGUUAGCAGUUUCUCAGUCUGAGUCAUUUCAAGACAAUAGCCGUGUGCGAGAGACUGAAAGACUGGUAGGAUCAGUACUUUCUCAGUCGUCAAGUGGAGAGGCUGAACCACACAAACACCAGAUACCAAUCACGGCUGCAAGCAUAUCGUCAGUACCAUCACCUGCCCUACCAAAUCAACUCAUUCCAUCAUCAACUUGUUCAUCUGCUUUAGAAUAUGUUCCAGUGGCAGACCCGACGGCAUCUUUGUUUGAUAGCUUGCAACGGCAAGGAAGCAGCACGUCAAUACCUGCAAGGCUAAGUGGAAGCCAGUCGUACAUCGCCAGUCUGAGUGGAUCUUUGUCACCUCAUGCAGCAACCGGAUCUGGUGUUCUCUCAAACGAAGAAUUUCUUGAGAUGCUGAAGAACGAGUUAGACAAUCAACCAGAUGAUGCACCAAAUGAGCUUUCUAACGAAGAGAAUCACAUGGACAUUCAUGCCAUCAAUGAACUCGACACUGAGUAUGAACAAUUUAAUCGUCUUGUGUCUGAUGUGAAGAGAAGCACAGCAAGCAUGAGUGCAAAAUUCACAGAGAGAGACAUUCAGCAGCCGACAUCAUAUGACUUUGUUAAUCCUCGGGGUAGUGUUGGAGCUUUAGGAGCAGAAACAAAUGGCGAUCAGUUGUUGGCUCUUCCAGACGUUGAACCAAAAAGCAUUGCUCAUAAUGUCGUAUCUAUAACAGUUGGAGGGAACGAGAGUAGCCAUGAGAGUGAGCAAAUGAUUUGUGGAUCAAAUGGGAUGCAAGUGAACAGCUCGGAUGCAUCUGUCAUUCACCAACAUGAAAACAGAGACGUUGUGGAGACGUUGAGUGGUGCAGUCAUGAUGUCUCAUGAUGUCAAGAGUUUGAAUGAUCCUGGAGUUGUGCUGGUUAGUGAGGGUCAUGAUGUCAAAAGUUUGAAUGAUCCUGGAGUUGUGGUGGUUAGUGAGGGUGAUGACAGUUGCAGAGAGAAUGACAAGUCGAUGUCUCUUACUUACAACAGAGACAAAGACACGUCUUCUGUUAGUCAUGGAAUAGCAGAAGAAAAGGGUGCAACACUAGACCAACCAAGUCAUUCUGUGGAUCAUGAUCAACAACCAUCCAGUCUUUCUAACAAAGUUCCUGUCAGUUCUCCUGAUGCACCAACAUUCAGCCAGCCAGGAAUUGCUGCCGUAGCCGACACAUCAGUGGAAACAAGCAUUUCAAUCAUGAGAAGAGAGGCUCCUCAUACAGUCGAACAUCCAAAUAUAACUGCAUCGCUUGACUUUCUCACGUCGUGCUUUCCCGAUUACGAUCGUGAUACAUUGAGGCAAAUGCUCGAGGAAAAUCAAUACGAUGUCACAUUGACCAGCAACAUGGUGCUAGAGCAGCAAGCAGCCGAGAUGCCGCAACACGCAACAAGAGCAGGGAGCAUUGAAGCAAGUGCCAGACGGAACAGCGAGGACGCGAGUGAUGACGAUGAUUUCAUUAUGAAACAGAAAGACAUCGACGACAACGAACAGGAGCAACAAUUGUCCGACCUUGAUGACAUCAUCACUGCUGAUUUGGACUUGGAAAUUGCUCAUUCUCUCACCAAUGAAACACUCAAUCAUCAACCUGACGUGAUCAACAGCAAUGCCAAUACACCAUUAGAAUAUUCAAGUGUUUAUGGUGAUUCUGAGUCUAAGCGAAAGAAGACAAAACAGAUGCACAAGGACGAACUGAUGGCAAAGAAACUGCAGGCUGAGUUUGACAGUAAGUCUGAUAUCUCGUUAACAAAGUCUCGAACGGAUGAAGGCGUGGAAGGGAUGACUUGGCGGUCGAGUGUUUCCUGUGGGUUAGAUGCUGAUGCAAAGAGGGUUGAUGAUGGAGCUGACAGUUGGGACGGCGGUACUGCUGGAAGGAUGUGUCUGAGGUUGGAUGAAACGUUCGCUCGGAGAAUGCAAGAAAUGUUUGGACAAGUGCCAUUUACUCUCACACCAGAAGACUACACAAUUGAUCUUGGUGAAAAAUUCUCUAGGAAACUGUACAGAAAGUGGGUAGCAGGCCUCGAGGAAAAGUAUAAUCCUGAAGUAGUGCUGGUGAGACGAAUCAUGAAAAAAGAUGAGGAUUUGGCAAGAAAACUACAAGCUGAAGAAGAGAACAAGAAAAUGAAGGAAGAAGCAUCAGCAUCCUUCCAACCAAGAUCUCAUCAGGUUCACAAGAAAUCGGCUGCCAGUCAAAGUGCUGGUGGUGAGAAGAAAUCGGUUGAUCCGUUUGCUCAGAUUAUUGAUGAGCAGCUGGCUGUUGAGAUUGGGAAGAAGGAGAGAGUGAAGAUGGAUGUGAAGUUGGAUAUGGCGACUGUGCUCAAGCAAAAGGAGCUCUAUGCUAUGUUUCCUUCAUUGGACAAGGAGACGCUCAAUGAAAUAUUUUCUGCAAACGAUUUUGCUGUGGGUGCGACCGUUAAUUCCAUUAAACAAUCUUGCGGUCUCGAACCAAAGAAAACCGAACUAUCGGACGAGCUACUGCCAUUGAAACCGACCAGUAGUAGAAAUAAAAGACAAGCUGCUGAGGAUGUGGGUGGUGUUUAUCAAGAGACGGAUGCACCCGCCUAUGUUGAUUUUCGUGCGGAAGCGCAGCUGCAUGCGAAACAGAGGGAAGAGUGUUUGCGUAAGGCGGCGGAAGCGUUUGCGAAGAAGCAAGGAGAGUUAUCGCAGUAUUACUUGCAUCAGGGACAAUUGCACACGGAGAAGAUGCACGAGGCGAAUAGAAGAGCGUCGGCGAAGAUAUUUGAAUCAGAGAACGUCGGUAAACCCCCACUUGAAUUUAUGGAUCUACACAUGCUUCACGUUACAGAAGCUAUAGAGGCUCUUCAAAACACUUUUGCUUGCAUCAAAGCAGUUGAACCACAACGUCGUCCGCGUCAUCUUACUGUGGUGACAGGUAAAGGGCUACACAGUAAGAGUGGAAGAGCCAGAGUGAAGCCUGCCGUUAUUAACUAUCUGAGGCAACAUGGAUACAGAUAUCAGGAGGUCAAUGCCGGCAGGAUUAGAAUAGAUGUGUGAUGUUACAUCACAAUUGAGUGGACUUGUAAGGUGAUAUCACUUAGUAACGUUUAUUUUUAAUUAAAUUGAAACAUUCGGGACAUUUCGUUCUGCGUAAAAGUUUUAUUAGUGUACAAUUCUACGGCAAUAAGGCUCGUUUAACAGUA